AUGGAGAAGGAAAGAACCUCCGGCGAGGUCGAGAGACCCGAGCAGGCUGAGCCUGUUCUGCCCACCGUCAACCCAGCACUUGAGAAGCCUGCACCUCCUCAGAGUAGCAUCCACCCCGCUCUCUAUGUAGUUGUCUGGAUUGCCAUGAGCUCCAGUGUCAUCAUUUUCAACAAGUACAUCCUGGACGAGAAGAAGCUGAACUUCCGCUUCCCCAUUUUCUUGACAACAUGGCAUCUCGGUUUCGCAACCAUCUGCACCCAAAUCCUCGCUCGUUUCACCACCGUGCUGGAUUCGAGAAAGAAGGUUCCCAUGAACGGCAGAGUCUACCUGAGGGCAAUCGUCCCCAUUGGUAUCUUCUUCUCUCUGUCGCUCAUUUGCGGUAACCUGACCUACCUCUACCUCUCCGUGUCUUUCAUCCAGAUGAUCAAGGCCACCACCCCCGUCGCUGUCCUGAUCACCUCCUGGGUCAUGGGUCUUUCUCCCCCGAACAUGAAGACCCUCGGAAACGUCUCCUUCAUCGUCAUCGGUGUCAUUAUCGCCUCGUUCGGUGAAAUCCAAUUCGUCAUGCUCGGUUUCCUCCUCCAGUGUGCUGGUAUCAUCUUCGAGGCUAUUCGCUUGACCAUGGUCCAGCGCCUUCUGUCUUCGGCUGAGUUCAAGAUGGACCCUCUGGUUUCUCUGUACUACUUCGCCCCCGCUUGUACCAUUAUGAACGGAAUUGUCGCUCUGCUUGUCGAGGUCCCUUCCAUGAGCUGGGCCGACUUUGACCGUGUUGGCUACUUCACUCUCCUGCUCAAUGCCAUGGUCGCCUUUGGCUUGAACGUCUCAGUUGUUUUCCUGAUUGGCAGAACCUCCUCCCUCGUUCUCACCCUUUGCGGUGUCCUCAAGGACAUUCUCCUCGUCAUGGCCUCGAUGCUCAUCUUCCGCGACCCCGUUGCACCUCUGCAAUUCUUCGGUUACUCUAUCGCUCUCGGUGGUCUCGUCUACUACAAGCUUGGAGCUGAUGCUCUCAAGGAAUACGCUGGUGGUGCCGGUCGCGCCUGGGCCGACUACGGUGUCAGACACCCCGCUCUCAGAAAGCUCAUUGUCUUCGGCGGUGUCCUUUUCGUCCUCUUCCUCCUCCUCGGGUCUUUCAGCUCUUCCCUGCCUGUUGCUGGUCAGGAGUACGUCAACACCAAGUACAGCAGCUUCUUCGGCAACGGCGGCGCAUAA